UCUCGGCCCAUAAACCUAUUUUCACCCUCAAUUUCUGUGUAAAAAUUUGGUCCUCAGGAGAUCGAAUACUGGGGCAUUGGUGAACUGGAUCUGGAAGCCUGCUGUCUCGAAUUGUUCCUUGAGUGCAAAGAUGAGUGGGAGCAGAAUAUGUCUGGCCAGUCUAGUAAUGCAGCGUUGUCUGGAAAGAUCUUGGUUGUGGGCAGUGACCUGAGGAGGUUUGAGGGCAUGUGGUGUUCAGAUGUGCGCAAGUUCAUGUGGCAAACUCUUGAAGAUCCCAAUCACUCCAAGUGUUCCAAAGUGGAGUUUGUCCUAAGAGUCAUAGCAGCUUCUCAGCCAUGGAGGUUUCUGGGAAACCGUCUGAACAUGAUUGACAUGGCUUCUAUCUUGCAUUUCUAUGUGACGCUGGCCUUUGAAAGUGUGGAUGAAGAUGAUGGGGAGGAAAACCAACAUCUGGUUAUGGUGGGGAAGGUGGUUCAGGUUCUCCGGUUAAUGAGGGCCUUCAGGGUCCUGAAGCUUGCUCGACAUUCAGAAGGAGUAAGAGCUUUUGGAGAAACUCUAAAGAAAUGCCAAUGCGAGGUGGGUCUGCUCGUUCUUUUCAUCACUGUUGGAAUAUCAUUCUUCUCGACUUUUAUCUACUACACUGAAAAGGAAGACGCUUUGUCCAAACUCUCUUCUAUUCCAGUUUGUUGGUGGUGGGCUAUUAUUUCAAUGACUAUGGUGGGCUAUGGGGAUUUAUAUCCACAGACAGCAGCUGGGAGGAUUGUAGCUACACUUUGCAUUCCCUUUGGGUUGCUUGUGGUUUCUUUACCCAUCACAAUCAUCAUGAACAACUUUUCAAAGUAAUUUGAUAAAAAUACACCUAAGAGUCGCCUUUCAGAAGCUAAAACAUAGUAAAAUGUCAACAGUUUCCUUGUGGUUUAAAAUGUUGGUUUGCUUUUGCAAUCUAAACUUUUUGACAAUCUUGACAUUUAUAAAAAAAAAGAAAUAAAGCCAUCCAACAUCUUUGUGUCAAAUACUUCAUUUCUAAACAACUCAACAAAUGAACAUGACAAAUGAAAACGAGCACCACAAAAUUCUUUCUUUUCUUCAAAAAAGUUUAAUAGUAGUUCUAUGUACAACAAAUGAUCAUACUUAAUAUUCAGUUCUUCAAAGAGGCAGAUUGAUCAAAUCUGAAAUGAGGCAAAAUACUGAAGCAAAACUAAAGCAGAGAAGGACCAACCCCUUCAUAAAAUCCUCAUCUGCAAAAAAACCCAACAUUUCAUAUUUAGAUAUGGGAAUAUGACUCGAUGAAUUCUAAAUAAAAAAGCAAAUUAAUUGUACAAAUACCAAACUAUUUGUAAAAUGCCAAAACAACUAACAGCAAUGAAACAUCAAAUCAUACAUUCAUUUUUUGUUUUCUUUUACGAUCCUGCAUGCUGUCAUAGCUCUAUAAAAUAAUCUUGACAAGUUUCAAAUAAACAUGGGUUAGAGCAAAAAAUAAAUAAAUA